AUGAUUAUUAUCAAUACAAGUAUAGCUACCGAAGUUGCAGAUCGAGUUGAGAUUAAAAUUGAAAGCGUUGCAAGUGCAAGUUAUUUUCAAUGUCGAAAAUGGGAACAUGCAUUAAAAGAUGCUGAACAAGUUAUUAAGAUACGUCCGGAUUGGCCAAAGGGAUAUUUUCGAAAAGGAGAAACAUUAAUAAAAUUAGGAAGAAUUUCGGAAGCAUUGGAUAAUUAUUAUAUUGUACAGCAAAAAAAUCCAAAAAUUUCACAAAUACCAUUACGAAUAGCUAAAGCCUUAGUAUUAAAAGAAAAUGAAUAUAUGGGUCUAACAAUACAUACAUUAGUUCCAGGGCAAGAUAUUUGUAUAUCAAGAAAAAAAUCAAUUAAAAUUAAUCCAAUUCAAAAUAAAAUUUUUGAAUUCGCAGUGGAAAUGAAAAAUUUAAUUUAUGUGAUUGUGGAUAAUCAAAGUAAAAAAUGUGUGGUGAUUGAUGCGUUUAUAAAGAAUAAACAAUUAGAACUUGUUGGAGCAAUUGUAACACAUUAUCAUUUUGAUCACGUUGGAGGAAUUCCACCUCCACCAUAUGAUAAUCUUUCAAUAAAAAUUUCUGGUCUCUUUAAUUUAUUAAAAAGAUGCCCCAAAGUUAAAGCAUAUAUACAUCCCAACGAUAUUCCUUUUGUUUUAAAAGGAAAUCCCGGAAUGAUUGAAUCGAUGCCUAUUGAUACCUCUGAUUAUUAUUUAAAUAAUUAUUGCUUAAAUAAUAAUGAUAAUGUUAUUAAUUAUAAUAUUAUUAAUUAUAAUAUUAAUAAUGAUUAUAGUGAUAAAAGUGAUAAUAGUGAUGAUGAAGAUAAUAAUAUUAAUAUUAAUAUUAAUAAUAGUUCAUCACAUUUAUUAAAUUUAUUAAGUUUACCACACUUAUCGUCACACUUACCAUCACACUUAUCAUCACAUUUACAAUCACACUUACAAUCAUCAUUUUUACAUAUGCCAGGUCACACUCAAGGUAGUCAAUCAAUAUUAAUAAAUGAAAGUCGAUUAUUUACGGGAGAUACAUUAAUGUGUGGAUGUGUAGGUAGAUUAGAUUUACCAGGUGGAAAUUUAAAAGAAAUGAAAAUUACAUUAAAAGAUAGAUUAGGUGAUUUAAAUGAUAAUAUUGUUAUUUAUCCGGGACAUAAUUAUGGUGGGGAUUGGACAACUAUCGGAAUUGAAAGAGAAAAAGGAAUUAUUGGAAAUAUUAAAAGAAGAUAA